AUGCCCUACAACACCACAGCCAUCCCUCCCCGCAAGGAGGUCACGGGCCAACCGGCCCUGCCCCUCGCUCGCGUCAAGAAGAUCAUCGCUCAGGACCCAGACAUCAGCAUCUGUUCCAGCAACGCAGCAUUCAUCAUCACAGAGAUGUUCAUCCAGCACCUCGCCAAUGAAGCCCACAACCAGGCCAAGCUCGACCGGAAGCCCCGCCGCAACGUGCAGUACAAGGACCUAGCCAACGCCGUCGCGCACAAUGACAAUCUCGAGUUCCUCGAGGACGUCAUCCCCAAGACGACAACGUACAAGAAGAUCAAAGGCCAGGCCCAGGCGACUCGCGCCGCGUCGCCGGCGAAAAGGUAG